CUCAGGAAUUUUAAUGAGCUAGUUAGUAGCGCCUGGUGUUUGCUUGCAAUCGGCAGUCUACUCUUUGGUGAAGAUGGGUCCGGUGGCGAGUUUAGCGGCGCUCUUGGUGGCCACCGUGAUGGGGCAGGAACAGACAGAUCUUCCGCCAGGUAUCACUUACUCCUGCGGUAACUCCACCCUGACGGUGUUUGUAGAGACAGCUGUGCUAGCUGGCGCUCCUGCCUCGCUUCUGCGGCUGGGAACCUGCCCUCCCUCGGGCUUUAAAUCUCCCUACGUUCUCUUCUUCAAGUACGGGCUCCAGGAUUGCUGGGGAGGUCAACUGGUAUCGGAUACGGAGAUAAUUUUCUGGAAUUACCUGAAAUUUGAAGAGAGCCCAGCCCUUGGGAUGGACCGGCCACAACUCAACGUUCUCCUAGAAUGUCGCUACCCAGUGAAUGAGAUAGCAAUGCCUGAGACAACGGUUCCAGUUAUUGGUGUACUAUCUGGAGAUGGCAAACUGAUCUUUUCCAUGAAUAUAAUGACAGAUGACUGGGCUGCUGAACGGCCAGAUUCUCUGUUCUUCCUGGGAGCUUCCAUCAACCUACAAGCCUCGGUCCUUGCCACAUAUCACCAGGCCCUUCGCCUCUACGUGGAUGAAUGUAUUGCCACACCAACGAGCUCAUUGGGAAAGUCUCCAGAGAACUAUAGCAUCAUAAACAAUCAUGGCUGUCUAAUUGAUGGGAAAACUGGAAACUCCAAGUUCUUGCCCAGGAAUGAUGGGUCACUCCUUCAAUUUGUUGUGCAGGCAUUUAAAUUCAACAGUCAAGAGGAUGCUGAUAUUUUCAUUCACUGCAAAGCCUUGGUGUGGGAUCCUAAGUGGGAUGACCUGUUGCACAAAGCUUGCUUUUUUGACCAGCAAACAAAAAGUUGGCAGCUUUUGGAUGCCCCAUUACAAAGCUCCUUGUGUGACUGCUGUAACGCAGUCUGCCAGCCUAUCCAAUCCCGUCAUAAACGAGCCAAAGAAGCAGAGACUAGUGUUGGUCACGUAAUCAAAGUGGGUCCCUUGAAAGUAAUCAGCAAGCAAUCUAGAUCCAAAACUUUGGAAAAUCAAAGGGUUCUGCUUUUGGCUACACCAUUGAUAGCUUGUGUUUUGGGAAUUGUGCUUCUAUUCCUGUAUAAAUGGAAGAUCAGGCAUGUACAGCGUAGCUGCUGAAACAGCAAAGGCUGAGCUGCAGACAAUCUUGAUCCUAACUGUGUAUUUAAUGCUGGUGUCUGAAUAAAGUCUCAUUUUGCAGACUUGUGCAUAGUUUCCAGUGUUGGCUGUGUUUAAUCAAUCUACCUUUAGAUCAGUCAGUGAACUUUACACUAUUUGAACGGAGCCUUGUUUCAUUACAAACUUGAGGCCAAAGUGACCGUCUCGGCCCGAAACGUCGACUAUACCUCUUCCUAGAGAUGCUGCCUGGCCUGCUGCGUUCACCAGCAACUUUGAUGUGUGUAGGCCAAAGUACUGAGUACUUUCAUCUUGCAACUAAUUGUUUAAUAUUGGAUUAGUUUUAAAUAAGCAGUUCUUAUGACUAUUAGCAAAUAUUUGCUGUAAGGCCUAGUUUGAACAUAAUUUGACUCUGAUCAUGGCUACCCCUGG